AGUACAGAGAAUAAAAACAACGUGAUAUUUUCAUUUGGCAGUCGUGCACUUUUUAAAUAAAGUUUGGAACAAUCUUUUGCAGUAUUUUGAAAAAGUAAAGUCUAUACAUAAAAGCCAUGUUAAGUCAAAUAAUAGUAAUAUCAUUUAUCGUCUUAUUAGGUAAGUAAUUUCAAUAAGAGUAGAGUGUUAUUGACCACUGUUAAAGAUAAAAAGCUGUCUAAUUUGAAAAUGAUCUUUUGUUUUAAUUAUUUUCAAUAGCUAGUGCACAGUUAUCCGGUGCAUUAAAUUGUUAUGUGUGCCAACCGAUAGGCGAUUCAAUAAGUUCUGGUACCUAUGGCACUUGCUCGAGUGGCACUGAUGUGGGUACAUCAACAUCCGCUGGUUCCAGUAGUUCAUUUUCAUGUUUUAAGAUCAAAUUGAGUCUUCUUGUAAAAUUUCAUGUUGUGCCAAAAUUAUUGCGAAAAGCAACUUAUACCAACGGUGGUGUUACCACUACAUACAGAGGUUAUGCAGAUCCAACAUAUUGUAGUGUUUCUGCUGUUUUCGAUGAAUUUUCCCUUACUGUUACAAGUAUGAAUUGUUGCAAUAAUGUUGAUUUAUGUAAUGACGCAAAAAUAUUGGAUUAUCAAAAGACAGUAAUAUUUACAUUAUUUAUUGGUAUAGCGUUAUUAAACAUGAUAAUGUUUUAA